GAACCUUUGAAUGAGUAUUUUACAAACUGAAGAAGUGGGUCGCUCUAGUUAGUUAGCGGCUGGGCUGGAAGGAGGUGGUAGCGUGGCCUUAGUGCCGGAAGUGGCCCUACUCUUGGACCGUGUCUUGUGGGGGGGCGUGGGGGGGAAGAGAGAGAAGAAGGCUGUGACCUUGGUCCUUCUUCACCCCGCGAGUGGUCAUGAUGACUACCAGCGGGGAUUUGAUGGACACCCAUCUGCAAACUGCCUUUUCCACCCCCAGCAGGAUUCCCGUGUUGACCCGGAAAUGCCUGCUUCUUUCUGGUGGGGGGUACCAAGGCUCCGGCCAGGAGAAUCGGGACCCAAAGCAGAAGGUGUUUGGUGCCCAGAAAGACCUAGUCAGCCCUAGGCACAAGCUGAAACAGCAGACUGUGGGCCUGAAGGGAAACCUUCGACCCCGGGCCCCACUUGAGGAAAUCAGCCCUGGCUCUGUGGGGCAAAAUGUGGAGGCUGAUCCUCUGCCUAGGCCAGGUACCGCUUUAAGGUCUAGAAAUACAGCUCUCUUGACUGUUGAUUACGGCUUGGACAGAAAAGAACCAGCCACAGCGAGGUCGACUGGGAGAGGAACAAGACUGAUGGACCCUGGAGAUUUGGCCACCAGGCUGUCAAGUGUGGAGGUGACUAGCAGUGGUCACAGCUGCCAGACUGGUCUGGCCCAAAGAGUGCUGAUCCGGGGAAAGCAAAAUCAAAAAGGUACCCUCUCUGGGGUACAGGUCCACACUCCAGGACGUCAUACCAAAUCUUCAUUUUUCAGUAGCAAUCAAGAGUCACCAGGAGGAAAUGUCAUCAGCCAGACCCAAAUGGGUGGUGAUUCGGGACAGCCCUGGGCGAGAACAAGGCUACCAGCUCACCAACCCCCAGGAGAGCCGAACAUCCCUGCCUACUCCAAAGUGCUGAACAGUUCCCCAAGUGGACUGGAAACCCACAGUCUUGCUCAGCAGGUGCCACUAGAAGGAACACAUGAAGCCCCUCUCUCCAUGGAUAGCCCUAGCUUCCCUUGGAUCUCUUCUCCUCAGAUUCAGUUCACUGCUGGCCAGGUAGGCCAUGCCUCACCCUUUGGACUGGCCAGUCGCGUACCUGUCACCCAUCCAUCAACUCUGACCUCCUACUCUGUGGUACGUCAUUUGUCUGUCUUCUCCAGGACUCCUCAGGUCACCCCUGCUUCAACUCCCAGUGUUCAGCAGGAGCGGAUUGUUGUCAAGCAGUUGUAUAAAGAGAGCUGGGCAAGUCCGGAGAAGGAGCCUGAGAAACCCUCCCCCAUGACUCCUCUCAACAGAAUGUCCUUGGAACUGAGAAGACACGAGGCAGGCCCCAGAGAUAUAGGGGUAGCAGCUCCAACCAACAGCAUGUCCCUGGAACUGAGUAGGCAUGAGAUGGACCCCAGAGAUGUUGGGGUAGCAACUUCAUCGAACACGAUGUCCCUGGAGCUGAGCAGACAUGAGCGCAUCAAUAUCUUGAAGCAGCUGCUACAACAGGAGGUAGAAGGGCUGGCUAAGGUAGAGGAUGGCCACCAGAGUGGCAUGUCUCACCGUAAAAUGAUUGAGCCCAAGCUGGCUAUGAUUCCUUGUAUCACAGAGCCCUCAGAUCAUGGUUCUUCGCUUCCCAGCCUCCAAGGACCUAAGCAGCACCCUGAUGUUGGGGAAUCCAUCUCCACUGGGGGCCCAGGCAUUCAAGAACUCAUACAGCAACCUAAUGUUGGCAUGUGCACCACAGCUUCCACCAACCUGACCUUUUUCCAAUGUCCCCUCUGUGGCAGCAUUCCUCUCCAUUCCCUUGACUCCCUAAGGAGUCCCAUGGGCACUAUAGGUCCUGCUGUCCUAGCCCUAUGCCAGCAACUAAAUGCAUGGCUAGAAGCCAUUAGACUACUCUAUGAAGGCUGCCUGGAUGACGAGUGUGCCUUCUAUACAGGACGAGGCAUUCCUGGCCCCCAGAGGAUCUGUAAGAAUCCUGUGGCCACAUGGCUGGAGAGGCAGGAGGCCAUGGAUUUUGUUCCAAUCUCUUCUCCAGUUCCCUAGGACUAUUCCAAACCUCCCCACACUUCAUUCCUCCUUAUUUAUUAUACAUGGACUUUUUUUUUAAUCUUUCAAUAAAAUUUUAUGAUCAU